UGUGCCUUCAAGACAGAGCAAAUUAUCUUCAUCGGCGAAUUAUUGCUUUACAGUUCGUCUCUACUCGUCGGUGCGCGAAGCGAUUAGUUUCUCUUUUUUCUUUUUUUUUUUUUAGUGACAUUUGAUUAGAGCGAGCGGUUUUCGGUGAAGAUGAUGGAAUACAUGGAGGAUAAGUUUGCCUUGAAAAGCCAAGCGAUGAAGGCCAGCGAUUACUACAUGGAUCAAGUCAUGGAGAGCCUGGACAGCGCGCAGUACUUCACCAAGUCUUCCCCAAAAUGUGUGCAGGCCUUCGGGCUGCAGAGCGGCGAGCACCGCUCCUCUCCCUGCGGGGAUCAAACCCCCAGUUACAGUGUGCCAAAAACAGAUGAAGACACCUUGCACUCUGACCUCGGGAGGCCCAUGGACGGUUGUUGCACUCUGCGGGCGUCUCCGGUGACCACCGGCUCGGAGAAAACCGAUUUGGAUGACAUGGGAGACAAGUGCGACAGUAACGUGUCCAGCAGCAAGAAGAGGAGACACCGGACGACCUUCACCAGCGCGCAGCUCGAGGAGUUGGAGAAAGUGUUUCAGAAGACACACUAUCCAGAUGUUUAUGUGAGGGAACAGCUGGCAAUGAGGACAGAAUUAACAGAGGCUAGAGUGCAGGUGUGGUUUCAAAACAGAAGGGCAAAGUGGAGGAAAAGAGAGCGCUACGGGCAAAUCCAGCAAGCCAAAAGUCACUUUGCAGCCGCCUACGAUUUAUCCGUGCUACCGAGGACAGACAGCUACACACAGAUCCCCAACAAUCUGUGGCCGAGCCCAGCUCCUGGCAGCUCUGUGGUCUCCUCUUGCAUGCUGCCCCGAGGUUCCCCUCCUUGUGUCACUUCUUACUCCCACUCCCCUCGUUCGGCCGCCACUGCUGCUGACCAUGGCUACAUGGGCUUCCCAAAUCAGCAGAACCAAUUUGGCCACGUGUCUCUCAAUAACUUCUUCAGCGCAGACUCGCUUCUCACGCCGGCAAGUAACCCAGCUUUUGACACCAAACCUGAGUUUGAGAGGCGGUCAUCCAGCAUCGCCGUGCUGCGCAUGAAGGCCAAGGAGCACACAGCCAACAUCUCGUGGGCCAUGUGAUCAGGGUUCCCAGAAAGCCCGGAUACUGUGUGGGAAUUUAUUAUCUUUUUCAAUUAUCACUUUUUACACAAAAAAGUGAACUGUUCUGAAAAAAAAGCUCUGUCACUCACAGUGAAGCUCUAACAAGCCUUUCUUUGCUCGGUGGACUCGAGUUCACUCUCCUACUACUUAUGGUUCUGUGCUUAUUAAAAAAAUAAUACACUCAAGCUCGGACCAUAAAAUUGAACUAGGAAUGAAAGUGUAUGACAAUCAGCUGUGUUUCUGGCUGAAGCCUGUUUGAACUAAUUGAAAGUUGUCAUCAAACGGAACCAAUACAUUCAUAUCAAGGUAAUGGUCCCGGCAAAUAUUGUCACUCUGGUGAGAAGAGACAUUUAAUGAACCUUUGUGAUCGGUGGAGAUGAAAGCUGUGAUGUGUAUAAGCUUUGUCGUUGUUGUUUUUCUUUUCCUAUCACCAUUUCCUCUCGACAGAGACAAUAACAAAAACCAAAGGCUACCGUGGGAUUUAGUACCACUUUAUGCACGCUUGGAUCCAGAGAGAGGGGUCCAAAACCACUUCAGUAUUUCCAAGCACUGUGAAUAGCUUUCUUUUACCUUUCAUAUUUCUCCCUGUCUCAGGACUGAAGAUGAGCAGAGCAGAGGAAAAACCUACUUGGCGUAUUAACGUGUCUGUGUGCUUUGCAGCAAAGCUGUAAUCUCUGUUUUCUGCCUUUGUUCUGUAUCAAAAGAGGCAGGUGUUGUUUUUUUAAAAUCAUGUUUGUGCUAUAAAUUUAUUUGAUGGAAUCAUAAUA